CACAAGUGUCAGCUAUCCACCAAUCCUUCGUCGACCCCAAAUUCAUCAACCCAAAGGCCAAAGUUACAAUUUACCCCUUCAUGUCACAAGCUGUAGACUUGCCUACAGCUCAACUGCCUGUCCAGUACAAAGGCUGGUCAGGAAUGUGGACUUUUGCAGUCUAUGACAAUUAUCCUAUCCCCAUGCUACUGGGGGAAGACUUGGCCAACCAGGUGAGGCGGGCCAAGAGAGUGGGAAUGGUUACACGUAGCCAAACCAGGCAAGCUUCCAGACCCAUUCCUGUUCCUGAGCCGUCCACAGAUGCCCCGUCUGCGUUACCAGAGACCCAGACAGAGGUAGUGGACCCGGAUUCCAUGCCUACCACUGAAACAGCCACAGCAUCUCCAGUCCCAGGCCCGGAACUGGAACAGCAACCAGCACCAGCAAGUGCAACCCCAUCUUCAAACUCAACGCCAGAGGGCGCCAGCGAGCCACAACUGGCAGAAGCAACAGACAGCCAUACCCAAAAGGCUCAGCCAGAGCCUGAAAUACCCUCAGGUGCACCAGCGGAGAGCGGUUCACCAGCAACGGAAACAACCCCAUCACCUACAUCGCUUCCAGAGGGACCAAGCCCAAGUCCACAGUCUGAGGAAGAACUGGUGACCCCAGCCUCAAGGGAACAGUUCCAGACUGAGCAGGAAGCAGAUGACAGCCUUCAGAAAGCUUGGGCGGCGGCACGGAGCACCCCACCGCCUCUCAGCUCUUCUAAUCGAUCCCGGUUUGUUAUAGACCAAGGACUUUUAUACAAGGAAAUUCUUUCUGGUGGACACCGGGAAGAAUGGCAGCCGCAAAAACAGUUGGUGGUUCCAACUAAGUACCGGGGAAGCUCUUAAGCUUAGCCCAUGAUCAUCCCAGUGGCCAUGCUGGGGUGAACAGAACCAAGGACCGGUUGGGGAAGUCCUUCCACUGGGAGGGGAUGGGCAAGGACGUUGCCAAGUAUGUCCGGUCUUGUGAGGUAUGCCAAAGAGUGGGAAAGCCUCAAGACCAGGUCAAGGCCCCUCUCCAGCCACUCCCCAUAAUUGAGGUCCCAUUUCAGCGAGUAGCUGUGGAUAUUCUGGGCCCUUUCCCAAAAAAGACGCCCAGAGGAAAGCAGUACGUACUGACUUUAGUGGACUUUGCUACCCGAUGGCCAGAAGCAGUAGCUCUAGGCAACACCAGGGCUAACACUGUGUGCCUGGCCCUAACAGACAUCUUUGCCAGGGUAGGUUGGCCCUCUGACAUCCUUACAGAUUCAGGGUCUAAUUUCCUGGCAGGGACCAUGGAAAAACUGUGGGAAACUCAUGGGGUGAAUCACUUGGUUGCCACCCCGUACCACCAUCAAACCAAUGGCCUGGUGGAAAGGUUCAAUGGAACUUUGGGGGCCAUGAUACGAAAAUUCAUCAACGAAUUCUCCAAUAAUUGGGACCUAGUGUUGCAGCAGUUGCUGUUUGCCUACAGGGCUGUACCACAUCCCAGUUUAGGGUUUUCACCAUUUGAACUUGUGUAUGGUCACGAGGUUAAGGGGCCAUUACAGUUGGUGAAGCAGCAAUGGGAGGGGUUUACGCCUUCUCCAGGAACUAACAUUCUGGACUUUGUAAGCAACCUACAAAGCACCCUCCGACACUCUUUAGCCCUUGCUAGAGAGAACCUAAAGGAUGCUCAAGAAGAGCAAAAGGCCUGGUAUGACAGACAUGCCAGAGAACGUUCCUUCAAGGUAGGAGACCAGGUUAUGGUCUUGAAGGCGCAACAGGCCCAUAAGAUGGAAGCAUCAUGGGAAGGGCCAUUCACGGUCCAAGAGCGCCUGGGAGCUGUAAACUACCUCAUAGCAUUUCCCAAUUCCUCACUAAAGCCUAAAGUGUACCAUGUUAAUUCUCUCAAGCCUUUCUAUUCCAGAGACUUACAGGUUUGUCAGUUUACAGUCCAGGGAGAUGAUGCUGAGUGGCCUGACGGUGUCUACUACGACGGGAAAAAA